CUAAUUUGGCCCUUCUAGCACUAUAAGCUUAUACUAUUGCUCCACCUUUAUUACAUGUGCAUGCCAUAAACCUCUCUACAUCAAGAUAAUUAGUAGCAAGAAAUUAUUAGCAUCGCCAACACGAAGAAAAGGGGGCGAGAGAGAGAGAGAGAAGAAGAAGAGGGGUUUGGUGCUUAUUUUUAAGGACUGGAGGUUUUGUGAAGGAUCGAUGACCAGCAUAAUGGGAGCAGAACCAGCUGACACCUACAGCAUGAUUAAUUUUGAAGAGACUGAAUUACGCCUAGGGUUACCUGGAGGUGUUAGUAAUGGAAAUGAUGCUGAGGCUGCAAAGAGUAACGGGAAGAGAGGGUUUUCGGAGACGGUUGACUUGAAGCUUAACCUUUCAACUAAAGAAACUGGAAAGGAUGGAUCAGAUCAGGAGAAAGUAGCAACGAAGGAGAAGACUGUUGCUCCUCGCCCUAAUGAUCCUGCGAAGCCACCGUCCAAGGCACAAGUUGUGGGUUGGCCACCCAUUAGAUCAUUUCGUAAGAAUGUCAUGGCCGUCCAGAAGAACAACAACGAUGAGGGUGAAAAGGCCAGCAGCAGUGGCACUACUGGUGCAGCUUUCGUUAAGGUUAGCAUGGAUGGUGCCCCGUAUUUACGAAAAGUGGACUUGAAAUUAUACAAGAGCUACCGAGAACUCUCUGAUGCUCUAGGCAAAAUGUUCAGCUCCUUCACCAUCGGUAACUGUGGCUCACAAGGAACCAAAGAUUUCAUGAAUGAAAGCAAAUUGAUAGAUCUUUUGAAUAGUUCUGAGUAUGUGCCAACUUAUGAAGACAAGGAUGGAGAUUGGAUGCUUGUAGGAGAUGUUCCAUGGGGAAUGUUUGUCGAUUCAUGCAAGCGCUUGAGGAUCAUGAAAGGGUCUGAGGCCAUUGGACUUGCCCCAAGAGCUGUGGAGAAGUGCAAGAACAGAAGUUGAAGUGCCUUUUUCCCAAGUUAAUAUGAUGGUCAGCUGAUCCCAACUGUCCACAAAGAGAAGGAAACAUGCAGGCUCAUUGAGCUUUGAAGCCUGGAAGUCUCUGCACCAUGAUUUUUCUUUUUUCUUUUUACAUAUAUAUAGUAGUAAGUCCAAGUAUAAGAGGAAAUAUAUUUGAAGGGAUUUGUUAAUUAUAGCUAGCUAGGGGCGUGAAGUAACAACAGAAGAAGAAGAUGUGCUCGUAAAACUUCUUUUUAUUCUGUAUGAUCAUGUGUAAUGUUUAUUGUCUUGCUUAAUAAUGACCAUAAUUAUUGUUUCUAGCU